CAGGGGAAGGGGCGGGGCGUUGUGCUGGCGGGGAGGCGGAGCCUGCACCUGGCAGGGUGGGCUUUGGAAGGCUGCGGGCAAUCUUUACAGCAUUGGUUUGUAGGUUUCCUCCUGGAUCAAACCUGCCCGUGCAAGGCCUUGCGUCGCCAUGGAGUCAGCCCUGGUCACCGGCAUCGCCGUGGCUGAGACGCUGCAGAACCAACUGCCCUGGUUGGAGAAGGUGUGGCUCUGGGUGACCUUUCUGGGCGACCCCAAGAGCCUCUUUAUGUUCUACUUCCCCGCGGCCUACUAUGUCUCCCGCCGUGUGGGCAUCGCGGUGCUGUGGAUCUGCCUGAUCACCGAGUGGCUCAACCUCGUCUUCAAGUGGCUUCUGUUUGGAGACAGGCCCUUUUGGUGGGUCCAUGAGUCGGGGUACUACAGGCAAGCCCCAGCCCAAGUUCACCAGUUCCCUUCUUCUUGUGAAACUGGUCCAGGCAGCCCUUCGGGACAUUGCAUGAUCACUGGAGCAGCUCUCUGGCCCAUAAUGACGGCCAUCUCUUCUCAGGUGGCCACUCGGGCCCACAGCACCUGGGUGAAGGCAAUACCUAGUCUGGCUUAUUGCACCUUCCUACUGGCAGUUGGCCUAUCCCGGAUUUUUCUCUUAGCACACUUCCCUCACCAGGUUUUGGCUGGCCUAGUAACUGGUGCUGUCCUGGGCUGGCUGAUGACCCCCCGAGUGCCUGUGAAACGGGAGCUAAGCUUCUAUGGGCUGACCUCACUGUCUCUCUUGCUGGGUGCCAGCCUCAUCUAUUGGAUCCUCUUAACCCUGGGCCUGGAUCUCUCCUGGUCCAUCAACCUAGCCCUCAAGUGGUGUGAACGGCCCGAGUGGGUGCACAUGGACACUCGGCCCUUUGCCUCACUGAGCCGUGAUGCAGGGGCCGCACUGGGUCUGGGCAUUGCCUUGCACUCUCCCUGCUAUGCCAAGGCCUCUCUUGAACCCCUACCUCCACGCUGAGCAGAGCUGAGACACAAGCCUCAGAGGCAUCACAGAUGGCGGUCAGGUCGUGGCCUCCCUCCAGGGCCAGCACCACCCGGCCCCCUGCCAGCGUCAUCAGCUGCCUGGUUAAGUGGCCAAAACCUUUGGGGAUGGGUAGAGGGAGGAGGAUGGCAUGGUUAAGAUCAAGAGAAGCCAACAAGGGCAACAAAAGGGAAUAAAUAAAUAUUUUUUAAAAAUAUCAAGGUAAGAAAGGAGAGAACAGUGAACGCAAGAGGUAAGUCGAACAGUACACAAUAAAGUGGUAGAUUUAAACUCAGAAACAAAUUUGUGAGAUUCACUGUCAACAGACCACAAGUUCCACUAAAGAUCUAACAGACUGGCUAAAAGGAAUCUGCCACAGCUCAUAAGGAGCACUGCAAUGUAAGGAAUCUAAAUUCCAUCCCGUGACCCCAGGAGGUCUGCUAGCCCACCACCACCAACUUGAUCCUCAAGUUGGUCAAGGCUGCUCAAGAGAGUGGGGGGAGGGGUUGUCAGUCUACCCGAUCCACCACUGCUCCACAGCCCACCCCCACCCCACACACGCAGCAGCCCCCAGCAGGCUCACAUCUGGCGGUGACAGAGUAGCCACCCAGCGGAGAAAGGUGUCCCUCAACAGCAUCAAACCCGGCAGAGACUAGGACCACAUCAGGUGAGAACUCGUGGGCAAUGGGCAUCACCACUGUCCUGCAAAGGGAUGGCCCAGGAUGACACAGGCAGGUGGUGGGACCAGGUCUCGCUGCACUCUGUGUCCUUCACCCAAGAUAUGCCCUUCCACCCAGACCCAACUGAGUGCCUUCUGCCCCUCCCACAGCAUGGCCCGGGGGGGGGGGGGGGGGGAGUAGGGGAGGCUCCCACCCUACCCUUCUCAGUCCCCACCUGAAGGCCGUUAGGUACUCCACGUCUCCGAUGGGGGGGUCCACACCUCCCGUCCAUGCCACGUUCACAUUGUACCCCACGCCCGGCCCUCCGCCAACCUGGCACCAGGGUGGGGGAGGGGUUAUUCUCACUGCCUAGAGAUCCCCGUCACUGCCCCCUCCCUCAGCCCACUUCCAGCCCUCCACUGACAUCUGCUCUGCAAGGAGGGGCAACUGGCUGGCAUAAUUCUCCCACUAGGAGCCCACACUCCUCAGGUACCAGCUACACCACUGACCCCUGUGGCUCCCUACAAGGUCCAUUCUGCUACCUCCCAAGGGGCCCUGAGUUUGAACGCAGGAGCUAUACCUCUUCAGGUGCCCCCGAGCCUGGAAAGAAAUUCCCAUUGUCAUAGCGAUGCAGGGAGAUGUAGAGUACAGAGGGAUCAUUGUAGAAGGCCUGCUGGGUGCCAUUGCCAUGGUGAAUGUCCUAGUGAGGAGAAGCAGAAGCAUCAGGAAGACGGAACCAGGGCAAAAUCCAACUUGCCUCCCCUUCACCCUCCCUAAUGCUGAGCUCUGAGGGUACAGUCCAUCAACAGCUGCAGUGUAUCUAUAUUUUGUUCACAGUUCAUCCCAUGCUUGUAGUGGAGGUCUGCAACCCAGGCAUGGCAGCAUACAGAGGAGAAACAACGCCACAGGACAAAUGUGGCGGGCCUCCCUAUGGAGUCCAUGCUCCUUAAUGAUGUGGAAGGGACACUGAGGUUAGUAAGGAAUGGGGAGACAGUAUAAUGCAAAAGAUUUUCAUGCCUCACCAAAGUAAAAGACUCUGGGGUGGGUGGGUGGUGAGAAUACAGGUCCAUGAAGGAUGAUAGAGGACCUAGUGAGGGUUGUAUUGUUAUAUGGGAAACUGGGGAAUGUUAUGCAUGUACAAACUAUUGUACUUACUGUUGAAUAUAAAACAUUAAUUCCCCAAUAAAGAAAUAAUAAUAAUAAUAAAAAAGAUGUUCAUGCCUGAGACUCUGAGAUCCCAAAUUUAAUCCUCGGCACUGCCAUAAGCCAGACGUAAGCAGGCUUCUCUCUCUGUAUCUUGACAUUUAACUCAUUAAAUAUUAAAAAAAAAAAAACUAAAAAAUUGGAAUUCCUAGUUCUACAAGAGCUGUGGUCCAGUGUGUGCGUGUGAGUCUGAAAGAAAAAGUGGUCUGAAGCAGUAAAGUCACACAUGUGCAAGGCCCUGACUCUGCAGGAAAUAAAAAAUAAAUAAA